AUGGCAGUCACACCUCCAACCGCACUCAGCCGCGAAUUAGGUGCAAACGAGAAAAUUGCUAACAUCUCGGUAAAGCUACGCCCAUUCUGGCACGCAAAUCCAAACUUGUGGUUAGCUCAAGUCGAGUCUCGCUUCAUAGCCGCACGCAUCAGACACGAUGCAACGAAAUACCACACCGUGAUUGCCGCCAUCGAGAGCAACGUGCUGGCGCAAAUCAGCGAUAUCAUCUUAAACCCCCCAACUACCGAUAUGUACGAGACGUUGAAAACACGCAUUUUAGAGCGAUUCGGAGAGUCCGAACAACGACGAAUAAAAAAAUUGCUACAAGAGCUGGAGCUCGGCGACAUGCGUCCGUCACAACUCCUCAAGGAAAUGCAAAUUCUGGCAG